UCUCUCUGCCCAAAAGGAGUUGAAGGCACCUCCAGGACUAGCUGGAGCAUGGCUGAGGACCUGGGGCUGGACUUUGGGGAAACAGCCAGUGUGGAAAUGCUGCCCGAGGAAGGCAGCUGUAGGUCCAAGGCCAGGGGCGGGCUGGAAGCCAGGAGCAGCAGCAUUUGCUGGGCUCUCACCUGCUGCCUGGUGCUCAUGCUCGCUGCACUUACCACCUACCUGCUCAUGGGCCAGCUCCAGGCCCAAGGAGACACCUGUGCACAGUUCCAGCAGGCUUUGACAAGACGAGAAUUUGAACAUUUGCAUCAGCGAGCUUACACAGAUCUCAGAGCUGACAGGAAUAAGCCAAGGGCACAUCUGACAGUUGUGAGACAGAUUCCCACAACACGCUUGAAAAAUCAGUUCCCGGCUCUACAUUGGGAACAUGAACUAGGCUUGGCCUUCACCAAGAACCGCAUGAACUACACCAAUAAAUUCCUGGUGAUCCCGGAGUCGGGAGACUAUUUUGUUUACUCCCAAGUCACAUUCCGAGGAACGACAUCUAAGUGUGGGAAAAUCAACCAGGGAAGCCAACCAAACAAGCCAGAUUCUAUCAUAGUGGUCAUCACCAAGGUAACGGACAGCUACCCUGAGCCCACCCAACUCUUAACAGGCACCAAGUCUGUGUGUGAAAUAGGCAGCAACUGGUUCCAGCCCGUCUACCUAGGCGCCAUGUUCUCUUUGCAGGAAGGGGACAGGCUGAUGGUAAAUGUCAGUGAUAUCUCCUUGGUGGAUUACACAAAAGAAGAUAAAACUUUCUUUGGCGCUUUCUUGCUAUAGGGACACAGUGAGCAUCAUAGUGUGAUGGUUUUCUGCCUCUGAAUUCUCAACUUUUUCCAUUCAUAUGUGAUUACAACCAGCUGUUUUCUUGGGGCCAGGGAGAGGGAGAAGUCCACAAAGAUAGUGGUUUAGCUAUGAAAUUCAGUGCUCAAAAGUUCACACAUUAUAUGCCUUCCCACUGAGGAUACUAACUGGAAAAAGACAGACAUAAUCUUGUGGUUUUUUGGAGCUGUGAUGAGUCGUAAACAUUAAAACACUGAUUCCCCAAGUGAAUGAAUGACCUACUCAGAGAAGUGUUUAAAGAAGGAUAUUUCUAUACCUUCCUACUAUAUGCUGUCAUCACUGGCCCAGUUAUUGUUCAAUUUUGUCAUAAAUUUGCUUCAGCUCAGGAACUUUGAACAAAGUCCUAGAAACCAGUGUAACUUCUUCAGAGGCAAAAUUCCUUCUCCUUUUUUCUACAUACUUGCAUGCCUUGCUUCAAAAAAAAAAUUUUAAAGAGAUGGUAUUUUUCAUGAAUGUUCUCAAAAAUUUCAUAGUAAAAUAGUACAUGACUCCUUUCUUUUGAUUGUAUGCAUAGGUGUCAAAGUAUGCAAGCAGGAGUUCCACUUGCAUAUCAAAAAUGCAACAGUAACUUUUUUUUUUAGCACAGUUUCCUUGAGCACCUAUUAUUUUGGGGGCUCAUCCUUAACCCAGAAAGUGCUAUGAAGAACAAGAUACAUUCCACUUCAAACUUACAUGAAAACCUGAAUGCUACUUGGUCAAAUAUCUGUCAACAUACUCUAAAACAAUUUUAGGACUCCAAGUCCUUAAAAAAAAAAAAAAACUGAAACUGUUCAGUAAGAUUUCCGGCACUCUCCAACUAUGUACGAUAUCCAGCUGAUUAGGUCAUUCAAGAAACUCGAAGACAGACUUCUAGUUAACUAGACCAACUAUGCAACAAACUUGAUUGAUGGUGGCAGAUGAGACAAUGGACUUCUUUACUGGAGGGGGGAGGUUAUGGGAGAAGGGAGGGAGAUGUCGGUCACCAAAUCUGCAGAAGUUAACCUAGAUCUGCUUUGAGGCUUGAUUUGCAACUUUAUAUGCAGUGUAUGUUAGUCUUUUUCCUAUAAAAUAUUCAAAGGAAUUUAAAUAUGGAAUUAGCUAAUUGGCCCAGUCAGGACCUCUGUCCUGAAGAAGAGGCUAGAUAUGGUUUGAAAAGCUCCUUUCUGGGCUCCAAUGAGUUCAAAACCUCUGGUCUGUAUAAUUUUCCUGAAUUAAUAUGUCAAGAGCAGGAAGGGCAGUUUUGCUCAGCCUUUGUUGACAUGUCUGUAAAACAGGAAUCCACCAAUUUAUUUCCCAGGAUCCAAUGAUCUCAUGAGAAUGAAACGUGCUAACUUCAUGAAUUCUGUGUGAUCAUAGCAUAGAGCCAGUGACCUCCAACAGUGUGGCCUCUGUUACAAAUGCUCCAGAUUGUGGGAGGCUUCAUGGAUGGGUUUGCAAGCAAACUUGACACCAAAAUUACUCUUACCCUUAUUACCAGGAGACAGGAAAGGCAGAGAGUUGCAUGAUGUGUCUUCUGAGUAGGGAGACUGGGGUUGUAAUACUCAAUCAAUAUUGUUCAAUUAUAAUUAGAUAAAAGUUAAUUUCCAUUUUCUCACUUGGGAGCUUAAGGCUCUAAACAAUUCUUCUAACCUCUGCUAGGCUGGCUUAAACCAGGCCUCUCAUGUGCCGUCAGCUUCUCAAAACAGCACAGCACUCAGUGGGAGUAUGAGAAGGGUGUGGUCAUCUCCACCUGGCUCAUAAGAGUCUCCAAGAGGAAGUGAAGCUUGAAAGGAGGGUGGGCCCCAGAUGACCAGGAAAGGGCAUCUCAGAGGGAGGAAUUACCCUUUAGUUAAAGCAGAAAAGAAAGGUUUCUCAGUAAGUCCAAAACUAGUUUGAUAAGAGAAUGUUCUCUCAACCAACUCCUAGAGCAGUAUGUAUUGGUAGUUCAAGAAUGUUUUCUCAAUGACUCUAGCAUAGAGCCACAAUUAGAACUAGCAUUCCAUCAUAAAAAUAAAACUCUAUCUGCACCUGUCUCCACGGUGCAUGAAAGCACCAACUUGAGGGAGCAGAGACAAGGUCACAGUUUCCUGCCCAUUUCUUCCCCCGCUAGAAGAAACUCUGUGCCAAGGAGCUUUAAAUCUGCCCACUGUUUCAUAGGGGGUCUGGCAGAUUUAGGAGUUUAUCCACAACAAGAAUUUUCUAGUAUCUUUAGACACUUGAACCAUUAGAAAAAAAUCUCUGCCAUACUAUUUUGUUACUACCAUAAGCUAGUAUCUUUAAGAAUGUAUUGUAGCUUGAGUUUUCACUGCUGAUUUAUAUAUUUUAUUAUUCUGAAAGGCAUAGCCAAAUAUUCCUGGCAGGACUUCUAUUUCCAAGGCAUUUUCUCCAUAGCAAAAAUUAGUGCCCAUCUUUUUUUUUUUUUUUUUUUUUUAUGGCUCCCACCUUAUGGCUAAAACUAUUGGAGGCUGGAGAAUUGUGGCAUUGAAUCCAUCUCUCUUUCUCUCUGUUCUCUUUAAGUGCAUUAUUAUUAUUUUGGAGUGAGUCUUGCUAUAGAGCAUGUGUGCUCACCAGAAAGACAGAAAGCAAGAAAUCUUGCCCCUAAUCUCCACCAAUCACCACCUCAAUCCCUUCUCCUCCAGUCUCCUCCUUUCUCCUC